CGGGCUGCAGCUGCCAUCCUCACCCUCCAGCAUGAAGGGCCCUGCAACUCUCCUGUGCCUGCUGCUCAUGUCUGCUGCCCUCAACACCCAAAUGUUGGCCCAGCCAGAAGGCGCCAGAAGCUUGCCUACGUGCUGCUUCUCAUUCCACAGUAAGAAGAUCCCCUUGCAGAAACUGAGGAGCUAUCGAUUCACCAGCAUGCAGUGCUCCCAGGAUGCUGUCAUCUUCACAACCAAACUGGCCAAGGAGAUCUGUGCCAACCCCAAAGAAAAGUGGGUCCAGUUAAGUGUGAAAUACCUGCAGGAAAAAUCUCAAGUCUUGAAGACCGCAGAUCCUGCAGCCCCACUCAGUCCAACCCGCAGCUCGAGAAAUGACUCCUCCAUCAGCCUCACAGCUACUGCCUGGACUAAUUUUACUGUAAAUUUCCAGUAGG